GCAUCCCUAGGGUUCAGGGUUUAGGGAAACAAAAAAGAAAAUCGAUGGAGGGCAAACACCUGUUUUUGAAGCUGGCAGAGUACCGGGUGCGGGUCAAUCUUAACGAUUCUGAUCGGCAAAAGGCUGAGGAACGUACCCACCUCUUCAUCAAAAGAUUCCCUGAGUGGCAACAGAAAUCGAUAAUCCUUGGCAUCGUCAGGACUACGAGAAGCCUCCUUAGACCUAGGUAUAUAGACGAGGAGCUUAUUCGAAAAUUUAUUGAAAAAAUGAAGGAGCAGAAGAAGCCGGCGGUGAAGGAGGAUGAAUUCGAGAUGAUGUCGGGGGAUGAGGAGGAGGAGGAGGAGGAGACGCUGUUGGAGGAGGGGGAAGAAGAACCGACAGAAGAAGACAGGAAGGUGUGGUCGUACCUUUCCAGUAGACUGGGAUUCAGAAUGAAUCCAGGAGAAGAUGUCAAGAUCGUCAGGCUGAUGAUUCCUUUCUUAGCCCAAUGUUCUGCACCUCUUCCACCAGAAGGAUCCGCGAGAUGUGUCCACAUCAAAAUGUUCAUGCUCCAGUUCCAAACAUAUAUCUAUAAAUAUUGCCUUAGCGACCUGAACGACGUGGAGAUGCUGCUCGAUGUCAUUGAGGCUGUCGAGUCAAGUCCAGCAAAUCCAGAAAAUAAGUUAAAGAAAAAUAUCGUACCAACUAAAGAAGAAGGGAUUGCUGCCCCCAUGCACCUCUUAAAACUAGAAGAGCUAGAAAAGAGAACGUGGAGAUAUAGAACUUGACGAAUCCAGAGAAAGAAAGAAAAUAUGUGAAAUGUUAAUUCUGCCUCACACAGACGAGUUCCUUGAAUCACCUUAUCUGGUUGUUUCCUCUGUAAUUUUGUAUAAAUUUGGAGUCCCUCUGUUCACCUUUAUAUGAUAUCUGUUUUUUUUUUUUUUUCCCGACUUACAGAAUCUGAAAAUUGUGAGUGUGACAAGGUGGGGAGCUAAGAGAGAGAUUGAUCACCAAUGAGAUCUUGUCAGUUUAUGGUUCAGACAUGUUUUCGUUGUUAUGAGAAUAAGUAGUACUGUACUUGGAUUAAUGAUAUGUUGGAAUGGAACGCUUAGUUAGAUAAUGGGUGCACCUUUUGUCCCUUUCUAUUUGGAAUAUAACUAGUGAAUUCUUGUGUUGUUUCGAGGAUUAUAUAGUGUUUUCUUAAUAAGCUGCUACCUUUCAGUGAAUCACUUCGAUCACGUGUUGCAAGGACAUAACCCUGCUGUGAAGGAUAACUUUGCGUUCAAUCUACUUUUCUUUCUUGUUGUUUUUGUUCCUAUGGUGAGUUCCUUGUAUUUUUUUUAUCUAUUGGAUUCCAUUUUGAUAGUUAAGGUAAUUCUUUUCUCAGAUGAAUUCUUACAAAUGAAUGGAUGCUGCUGUUAGUAGCCGUCAAAAAAUAACCAUCUAUUUCAUCUUUUUCAUUUCUGCACAGUAGUUUUCACAGUGCAGUAGUUCCAUCUCUUCUUGGAACUUACCAGUACAAAACUUGUAAUUUAUGAAUUUUUUGCAGUCUGCAUUGGUAGUGUCACAGGGAAGGGUUUAGACGUUUAGUUACUAUCUGGUUUCGUUUGUUUGAUAAGGCUGGAUUGAUCAAACUUUUGGUUGAGUUUUUUCCUCAUAUUUUAAGAUAAUGUUGAAGGUUUUGAUGUGGCUGGAUAUGGCAAUUUGAGGUUUUGGUUUUGCACGCUUGUUUCUUUGUACGCCGGCAUGGCUGUGGCAAUGUUAGAGCAAUAUAUAGCAUGGUGUUUGGACCCAAAAUGAGCAUUUUGGCCUGACAAGGCACGUCUUGGAAUCAUGUCGCUCAAAAGAAGUCAGGUCAAGGGACACCCCCAACGACCGCACCCGAACGGUGCUGGCACGCCCGCGCAGAAAAGAGACUGUUGACCAGCUGCAGCAAAAUUGGAGCCAAAC